GGGGGGUGAAGAAGGGGCCGGCCUUCGAGCGACAGCGACGCAAGAUGGCAGCCACCACAGGCUCGGGUCUCAGAGAGGAGCUGAGAUGAGCCCACUACAGCCACUCAAGAUGUCUACAAUUGAAGGGACGUCUCUCCUGUGUGUCCAGGACUGCAGGAUGUCAGACAGUGGCCCUUGGCUGCCAGGAGUAAAAGUCCCUCGAAAUUUCCGACUGUUGGAAGAGCUGGAAGAAGGACAGAAAGGAGUAGGCGACGGCACAGUUAGCUGGGGUCUGGAGGACGACGAGGACAUGACACUUACAAGAUGGACAGGCAUGAUAAUUGGACCUCCACGAACAAUCUAUGAAAACCGAAUAUACAGCCUUAAGAUAGAGUGUGGGCCUAAGUACCCAGAGGCACCCCCGUCUGUAAGAUUCGUAACAAGAGUCAAUAUGAGCGGCGUGAGCAGUUCGAAUGGAGUGGUGGAUCCGAGAGCCACGGCAGUGCUGGCAAAGUGGCAGAACUCCCACAGCAUCAAAGUCAUCCUGCAGGAACUGCGGCGCCUGAUGAUGUCAAAAGAGAACAUGAAGCUGCCACAGCCGCCGGAAGGACAGUGUUACAGCAAUUAGUCACCAAGGCCCCGGCCUCCCCUCCCCAUCCAACCCAAGUCUUCAUUUUCCACAGUAGUGAAUUUUCUAGAUACAUCUGUAGACCUCAAAGUACCGGAGAGGAAGCUCCACUCAGCCUUCAUCCUGAGACACUGUUCUGAUACUAACUUCUCGUCCAUUUGAAAUACCUAAGUUGUGCUGUGUAACAUCAACUGUUGAGUGUAACCGCUGUCUGCCUGGUUGAACUUCUGGGAUCAAGAAGGUGUUGAAAUCGGUUUCCUGUGGGAGCGGUGGGCACAGCUAACGCAACUGUGAACAGACACGUCACACAAUCACCUGCUGCUGGCCCUUGGCCUGGGUCUGCCUUUGCCCGCCCCGCCCUCCGCCACAGCUGUGUGGUGGCCCUUAGAAUAGAUGGGAAGGCUUCAGGUAGCAGUUGUGGGACUGACUACUGCUGGGCUUGGGGCGCUUUGGCUGCACCCCUGCUUCUUAAGUCUUAAGUGAUGCCCCAUCCAAGCCAUGGUCCCCACUCCUCCACUCCCACCCUUGGCCAAAGCUUAGAUUGUAACCCUCCCCUCCCUCUGAAAUUGGCCGCGGGUGAGGAAUUCAGGGCUUCCCGUGUCCCCACCUUUAUCAAGGGGUGCUGCUUCCCCUCCUCAACUCCCCUGUUGCCCAUCACCACCCAACACUUGCUGUGGCCAGAAGCCAUCAGAUGAGGUUGGAAUUGCCUGGCCUCCCUCACUUAGCUCCGGACCACACUCACCUGCCACCAGCCUGGGAAGGGAGCGCCGGGUCCUCAGCCCUGCUGCCACCGUCAGCCCUCGAGCUUUGUGCUCAGGUCUAAGGUAAACAGCAGUCACAGGGCGACUCGGACCGGCCAGCGCUCAGGGUCCUUGGUGAAAAGAUGCCUAGAGAAAGGCCAUGCGGAGUCCUCAGUGCACACGGUUCUGAGUUGGUUCCUUUUCCCAUCAUUGCUUUGCUUUUACACAUUGAAGAGGUUUGAACAGGGCUCUCGUCACCCUGGCCACCCAUCGGGUCUGAUGUGGAGCCUGACAGCUGGAGCACGAGGCCCUGACCCUGCAGACUCAGGUUUCAGUGUUGCUCCUCAGACCCUCUGCAGGGACCAGGAGGAGCUCUGUGUCCCCAUGUUUGCAGAUCAUCUGCAGAUCCGUGGGCCUGGCCUCCUGGCUCACUGCCACGCUCCCCACUCUGUUCAGGACCACUAAAUGUUGAAAUGUGGAUGCAUACCGAAAUAAAGGCAAUCCGUUGUGUUGCAGAGCUCGGUGGUUUUAUUUUAAGCACGUGUGUGGCUCCACCUUCUGAAGCAGCAGCUAUGAGGUCUAAAGAGUGGCUGGUGGGGCCUUUGAUCUAUCUGGGGCAAACUAGCUCUCCGGUAGGCACCCUGUAAGUCAAGCUUGACUGUCCAUAAGCAACGUUCUGUCGUCGUCCGAGUCUACUAUAAUAAAAAAGUAUGCUUUGAUAC